UAGGAGUGGAAAUAUCGAAUACAGAAUAUAUAUCCAGUACUGAGGCACACAUAUGUCUUUGCGAAACAUUUGCAUGGCAUCUCUAAUAUUAUUAUUAAGCUACAUUUUGUUGUGCGCCGCUAAUGAGACACCCGAAACCAUUGAUACCGAUUAUGAUCAGUCUAAAAACAUGCAAAAUUGCGCAAGUGUCUCACCUUAUAAUGAAUUACCGGUUCAUAACCCACGGCCAACUAGAUAUACCAUAAAUUUCGAUAUAAAUCCGAAUUUUAACAGAGCCUACGGUGUAACUAAUAUUAUGAUCACUGUUGAAAAUCCAACUAGAGACAUAAGUUUGCACGCUUAUGGAUUGCGUAUCGUGCAAAGAUGGAUCUUUCUAACUGCUAUAAAUACCUUCUCAGUUGAAAAGUAUGCAUUCAUUGGCUAUCGUUAUUGCAAAGAUUCGCAAAUUUUGGAUUUGCGGUUUGAUAAAAUUAUAGUUGCCGGAACUUAUAACUUAACAAUCCAUUUCAACGUUAUUUAUUCUCCUCGGAAUAAUAUAGUUAAAUACACGUACCAGGAAAACGGAAACAAUCAUGAAACAACAAGAUUAUUCAUCACUCGGAUUAACGCAGCUCGGAGAAUAUUUCCAUGUUGGGACGAACCCGGAUUAAAAGCAAUUUUCAACAUAUCUGUAAAACAUCCUAGGAACGUUGGAGUUAUCUCCAAUAUGCCCAUGAUACUCAAAGAAUACUAUGAUCAAUAUUCAGAUUGGAUAUAUUUUGAAGAUACGCCAUUGAUAUCUCCUUUCAAUAUAUUCAUUGCUCUGCUUGAAACCACUCACGGAUUUGCACUUAAUCCAGUAUCUAAAAUUGACUUCAUUUGGCACAUGGAAAUACAAGAUAAUCAACUGAUAGAUGCAAUAAAUACAAUCACACUAGUUGAUAGAUACUUGACGUCCAUAACGAAUUUACCUAAUAUACUGCCAAGGAGGAAUUACAUGUUAUUCCCAAAUAAUACAAUAAAAACAAUGGAAUAUUUUGGCUUUGUGAUAUAUAGUGAAAAGGAUGCUCCGUAUAAUGAACAUUUUGAUUUCCCUGGUCGUAAAAUUUAUAUCGACGAGGUAAUUUCGCACCAAAUGGCACGUCAGCCGUUUAUAGUAGUGGCUACCCAGUCUCGGUGGGCCGACCUGUGGUUAGGCGAAUCACUAUUGAAACUUUACAGUCAUUAUGUCAUGAACGAGAUUUACAGUGGUUUACAAUUAAUGGACCUAUAUACAAUUCAAAUUCUUCAGUCAACUUUUCGCUACGAAACUACCUGUCGGAUGCAAGCUCUUUCCGAAUAUAAUGUACAGAUCGCGGACGAAAUUGAUGCUGUACUCUGUUCUCCUUGGUAUUAUAAUAAGGGUUAUGCUCUUUUACGCAUGAUAGAGUGUAUAAUCACACGGGAUGAAUUUCAACUAGCUGUCAGAAGAUAUUUGGACAAAUUCAAGUUUCGUUCAGCCACUCUUUACGAUUUUUGGAUCAUCUUACAACGUAUGCUUGACAACAGAGAUAAUCAAUUGUUUAACAUUAAGGAAAUUAUGGAUACAUGGUUAACUAAAAGAUACUAUCCUGUUAUGCAAGUCUUUUAUGAUAGUAAAAAUAAUAUAGUAAGAUUAAAUAUUACUGGUAGCGUCGACAUGAUGAAAUCCACGUGGAUGAUACCAAUAACUUGCACUAUAUAA